GCAAUAUAAGACAGCAAAAAUGAGAAUGUUAAAGGGAGCAGUUCAUGGGAGAAAGGUGAACGUGUCAUGGCACAAUGCAAGAAGCAUGAAACUUUAAACGAAGAUGGAGUUUCUCCUGAUCGAGAAGAAGGUGGAUACUGAAUUGCAAAAGAGUUGUUUAGCAUCUAUAGUUCCUGAAAAUAUCAAACUUGUGUACUUAAGAAGAAGCUUAGUAGAGAAGCUAAUAAUGCAGUCACACAAUUUGGGGACAAGGUUGUUGGAAGUUCCAUUGGAGUCAAAAAGGGGUGUGGAAAUGGUUCAGGGAGUACAUCUUACCAUCUCCGGCAGGAACUGUGUGAGGAUUUGCAUCAGAGUGAAAGAUGGCCUGCUCAAAAAACCUUCUGUUGAGGAGCUUAAACAGAAGGAUAGAAGCUUGCACAAGGAUAUAACAAAGGAUGUAUGCAUUCCUAACUCUCAUAGACCUCCAUUCCCUCCACCAGGAGUUUGAAAUUUGAGUUAUAAGGUGAUCGUAUUCAAAUUCAAAAGAUGAAUAAAUCUAAGGGACUGCU